AUAUUCCAGUCGGAUACGAGUAAAGACUCGCAAUCAGCAGAGAACGCUCCACCAAGGUCACCGUCCAGUAUCAAACAAGGCUAUGUGUUCGUUCAAGAGAAGAGCAAAAUACCCAAAACGAUUGGUCGUGAUGUGUUGUCGAAUCGAUGGACGAUGUAUUAUUGUGUCUAUCAGAAGGAAACACGAAUUUUCACGAUGAUUCCUGUUAAUAAUACUGCCAAAACGGAUAUGAAAGGUGCGUUGGGGCAAUCGGUAUCAUUCAAGCUGAAGUCAUGUACGAGACGAGCUUCGGAUAGUAUUGACAAAAGGUUUUGUUUCGACAUUUCGGCAAUUGAUCGACCUGAGUCGAUAACCGUGCAAGCGUUAUGUGAAGAGGAUCGUCGACAGUGGCUUGACGCUAUGGAUGGAAGAGAGCCGGUGAGUGCUGGAAAGGAUUAUCCAUUCGUUUUCGUUUUUCAUUUGCGCCGAAUUCUCAUUUGA